AUGAGGAAAUACUUAUUACAACAAACUGGCUCAAUAGGAAGAUCAGCCUGCCCAGGGAACACAAUGAGGUCAGCUGACUGGCUGGCCAAGAAUUUGGGCAAGUUUUCAUCUGAUGCACCGCUCAGUGAUCUGGACAAGUUCUACCCUAAUAUGACUGCAGAGAUUGAAGCCUUCACAGACUUCAUUUCAGAGGAAAACUUUCAGACACUAGGAGCCUUGGCUGUUGGGUUAACACCAUCCAUGAUCCUGGGUAAGGCUGAUGGACAGAUGCUGAACAGGACGCUCCCAGUUCUGUCCACCAUCAGGGGCUGGAGCCCUGCCCAGGCUUCUAUCAUUAUGAAGAAACUUCUUCAAAAUGGACUUCAGCUCACACAAGCUAGAGAUGUACUAGCCUUGGGAACCCUUGUAUCUGGACUCCCCUCAAGUGAAGUGAGCCAGCUAAAUGAUGAUGCCAUCCUUCAGCUUGCAGCAGAUGAGAAUUUCAUCAAUAUUCUUCAAGGGGCCACAGAGUCCCUACAACAUGCAUUUGUACAUAGGAUCUUACAAAAAAAUGAAGGAAACGUUUUUCCUAGAGUUCCAGCUGGUCUGGCCUCCCAGAUCCCCCUGUUUCAGCUGCUUUCUUCCCGGAUGGACAUUGAUGAGAUCAACAAAAUGCUGUGGACACCGGCCCAGGCCCAAGUGCUUUUCCAGGCUGUGCUCAAGUCUCCUCUAAAGUAUUCACAGCUGUCCUCAAGUCUGCUACAGGGCUUCAGCUGCGGAGCAGCCAACUUCCUGAAGCAGAGUCAAUUUGCUGAGCUUAUCAGGGUCUUGGCCAGUAAACAUAUCAAAAUAGACAAAAGCCAGCUCAGCUGUACGGCCAAAAGACUGAUGGGGUUCAUCACACCAUCAGAUUUUGAGGAAUAUCCUGCUGAUGUCCUGCUUUAUUUGGGGAUGGAAAAAGACUUUGGUCCAGACAACUGCGAAAAAUAUUUUAGGCAAAUUGGACAGGUUCAUUUUGACAUCUUGAAAAAGGAGGCUUCAAAAUGGGAAACCCUCUUGGACCAGGCUGAGCACUGCCUGGGAAUUACAAGUAACUCUCUUUCCAAGAAAAACCUACAAAUUUUGGGUAACUUGUCCUGUGCCCUGAAUGACUCACAAAUUAUAAAAUCUGACCCUUACAUCCUCCAAGUACUCCAGCAGUGUUCAUCAUUCCCUGCAUCUCAAAUCACAGCCAUUCAGCAUAAGCUGGAAGACAUCUUUGGAUCUCCAUCAACAUGGACAGCCAGCACCCUGCAGGGGAUGGGCCAUCUUGCCAGCAUCUUAGAUAGCAACGUCCUUCAGAGAAUCCCUGAGGUAUCAAAGACACAAUUUUUUCCAAAUUUCUUGAGUUGGCUGAAGAUCCACAGCAAGGAACAAUUCAUGUACAGUUUGAAACAACUCAGAGGACCCCAGAGGAACAAACGAGACAUAGAUUGUCCUGGAGUGCCACUAACAGCAGAUAUAGUAAGGAAGGAGAGAGACAUGAUAGCUGCCAGAUACACUUCGAAUAGUGAUCUGGAAGCCUGCUUGCCGGACGGUGUCCUAAAAAACCACUUGGAGCUCUUUGGGAGCAUGGAGUUUGAGGAUCCCCUGCUCCAGGUUCUGAAAAUGAAACUGGAUAAGAUGUUUGGAGUGCUUCCCGAAGACUACCUCCCACUCCUGGGCCACAUAGUCAAAGCAUACCAGCCAGCAGAGAUGGCCAGGUGGAACAUCACUGCCAGCGAUACUUUAGUAGCCCUCCUGAGAGGAACUUCUUGGCUAAAUCACGAUGACAAGGUCAAUGCAAUGGUCAACCAGUACCUGAAGGGAAGCCAUACCCAGCUAGGAGGCACCAUCCUCGAUGCACUGGACCCUCACAUCUGCGCUUUGGAAGACCAUCUGCUGCAGCAUCUCAGCACUGAGGACAUCUGGGAGCUGAGAACAUCCUUGGAUAUUUCUCAAUGUUCUCAAAGAAAGAAGAGUCUCAUCUACCACCAGGUGAAAGCCACAGUCCAGGAGCACCAGAAUACACAGAAUGCCUAUUAUCAGAUGCUAAAGUCCUUGCUUGGAGAAGCCCCAGCUGAAGAUCUCAUCCAAUAUGCAGCUGACUCCCCAGUGAUGGAUAUGGACACCUUUACUGCCCUCAAUCCUGAGGAGGUUAAGAAAUUAAGUCCUCAAAAUCUGAAAGACUUACUUGACAUAAAUCUCUCUGAGCUAAACACCAUCAUUGAGCAUCCUAUAGUACAAGCUUGGGUGAAGGCUCAUACCCAGUCAGAAGUGAAUGCCAUCGGGCUCAAGGUUAUGGCUGGAAAUCCAGACCCACCACCUGAUGGCUCCUUUGUUUCAACAUCAGGUUGA